AUGGAGGGAGAAACCAUAAGUCUCGUCAUAGUAUGCGUUUCUGCUAUAGUUUCUACAUCUUACUGUUACUACAUAUCAACCAGAAUCAAAGCUGGAGUUUUUAGGCUAAUCUCUGUUCUUCCCGUUUGUGCUUUGUUUCAAAUUCUUCCUAUGUUUUUCUUUACUCUUCAUAUCUCUUGUUCCUUAUCUGUUUUCCUUUCAUGGCUCGCUGGUUUUAAACUCAUACUCUUCUCUUUCGAUCAAGGUCCUCUUUUCCCACUUCCCCCAAAUAUCUUCCGAUUCAUUUGCUUCACUUGCUUGCCCAUCAAGGCCCAACAAAACCCUAAUUCUAAAACUCAAUUUCCCAAAUGGGUUUUCCCCAUCAAAGUUGCCAUAUUUGGUGUGGUUGUACAUAUGUAUGAUUACAAACAAUAUAUGUCUCCACUUGUGCUAUUGGCUAUAUAUCCUCUGCAUAUAUAUUUGGAGCUAGAAAUUGUUUUGAUGCUCGUCAAACUUUUGGUUUUUAUCAUUCUUGGGUGUGAUCUGGAGCCGCAGUUCAAUGAACCAUACUUAGCCACCUCUCUUCAAGACUUCUGGGGUCGCCGGUGGAACCUUAUGGUCACGCAACUUCUUAAGCCGGCUAUAUACAUCCCCGUGUGGCGGCUUUGCAAUGGCCGAAUGAGCUCCGAUCAUGCUAGGUUUUUGGCGGUUAUGGCGACGUUCAUUUUCUCUGGUGUAGCACACGAGGUGUUCUUUUUCACUUUAACGUUUGAGAUGCCUACAGGAGAAGUGGCUUGUUUCUUUGUGUUACAUGGAGUUUGCACUGCCGCUGAGAUAGCUGCGAAGAGGACCGAGUUUGUGCGGCGGUGGAGGGUGAGUCCAACAGUGUCGCGGCUGUUUACGGUGGGAUUUGUGGUUAUGACGAGUGGUUGGUUGCUUUUCCCUACGGCUGCAAGAAGCAACAUGCUGGAUAGAGCCGCUAAUGAAGCCUUGUUGUCCAUUGAUUUCUUCAAGCGCACGUUUUUGUACUUAUAA